AUGCCGCUCAUAAGGAGAUACCUCAGAAUCACAAAAUACUCUGUUCUCGAAUGCCGAAUUUAUCCAGAAAAUCCUGCGCUCACUGAGAGCUGGCUUCUUAACCCGCGCAAAAAUAUCUUAUCACGCGUCAUAGAAAGUAUACACCCUCUAGUCUUGCCCAAAUUGCGCGAGGAAAGAGAGCGCUACCUGGGAAAGGGAAGCAAGAAAAAACGAAUAAAAGAUGUCGUAGUUCAGGAUGAUUUUGAAGUAUCCGUAUUUCUUACCGAAACUGGUACUCGCCAUUCUCUUCUCACAAAAAAGAAGUGUUUCCGAAACCCGCGCGCUAGAGGUAUGGUCUCGAAUUCUACAAAGUUAUUGGGGACAGAGGAAGAAGCAGUGAUAGAUUUGGAUCCAACAAUCAUAAGGGUAGAAGACGGUGAAAAUGAGGAGUCACGAUUAUACGACAUUCCGCCCGCUGAGCCUACAGUAGUAAAGGACACUUCACCAAAUACUACAGAUCAAGAUCAAACUCGCGUUACUACAAAGCGAACCCGAGACUCACAAUCAUUUGACUCAGUUAACUACGAACAACCUCUCAAGCGAAAUAAAUCACACCAUGAUUUAUUUUUGGAUGAUGAAACUGAUGAAAAAAAGAUGAUAAUGCAAACUACCUACGAUGGCUUCUCGGUUUACGGUCGUGCACUUUGUUUGGUUGUAAAACGCCGCGACACAGCCGGUAAGGAACCCAUUGGCCAAGCCGCUAUGGAGAACUGGAUUGCAUCUACCCAGCAGUUGCCAGCUGACGAGGAAUCCAUGAAUCAUGCAAGCGAAAAUAUAAAUGAAUAA